UUGGCUGACACGCAUGUAAGUUCUCAUUUUCUAUCAUUUCAUUUCCUCCCGAAAAAUGGCUAUCUGUAAUUCCCCAACCUUUUUACCUUCAUCUAUUCCUCUACAAUUCCAUUCCCACCUCAAUCUGCAAUUCCAUUCCAACCCAAAUCAUAUCCUAAUCCAAAGAACACCACCAAGAUUUCAGAUCAUAUCAAUGUCCAAAAAUGCAACAACUAAUUAUGAAAAUGAUGGUACCCCAAAACCCACAAAAUUUGUCACUUUUUUGGGCAAAGGUGGUUCUGGCAAAACAUUUUCUGCUGUUUUUGCUGCUCAGCAUUAUGCGAUGGCCGGGCUCAAAACAGUUUUGGUGAUACAUUCACAAGAUCCCACUGCAGAUUAUAUACUUAACUGUAAGAUUGGAACAACUCUUGUAACUUGCAACGACAAUCUUUCUGCUGUUAGAUUAGAAACUACAAAAAUGAUUCUUGAGCCUCUUAGUAGAUUAAAGCAAGCUGAUGCCCGUCUUAAUUUGACUCAAGGAGUCCUUGAAGGGGUGGUGGGAGAAGAGCUCGGUGUGCUUCCUGGAAUGGAUUCAAUAUUUUCAGCUUUGGAACUUGAAAAGCUUGUAGGAUUCUUACAGAACAAAACACAAAAGAAUAACCCAAAGUAUAAUUUUGACAUUAUUGUUUAUGAUGGUUUAAGCACCGAAGAAACACUAAGGAUGAUAGGUGCAACUGGUAAAUCAAGAUUGUAUUUGAAAUACAUGCGGAUGCUGGCUGAAAAGACUGAUUUGGGACGGUUGGCUGGCCCGUCACUGUUGAGACUUGUAGACGAGUCAUUAAAUGCAGGAACUAUUAGUUCUGGUUUUAACGGGCAACUUAGUGGAGAAGUAUGGGACAAAUUAGAGCACAUGUUAGAGAAAGGGUCAUCUUUUAUUACAAAACCAGAGCUGUUUGGGUGCUAUCUUGUGAUGGAUUUGAAUGAUCCAAUGUCUUUAAACUCUGCGUUACGCUACUGGGGUUGUGCCAUACAAGCUGGUGCAUUCGUUUCUGGUGCGUUUGGUGUAACACACUCAGGUUGUGAUCAAGAACACCUAGAAAUUGCUGAAACGACCUUUUCACCCUUGCCUUUUGCAUCAUAUCCUUCUAUUUCAUUUAGUAAUCCCUUGAACUGGGAUAAUAUUAUGCAAAAUGGUCACAGUAGCAAUGCACGAGAUCUUCUCAGUGCAUUGAGAAGUGGUUCAAGUGGACAUAUGCAGUCUGUAACGUUCGAUCCAGCCAACAAAUCUGUUACCCUUCUCAUGCCUGGUUUUGACAAGUCUGAAAUCAAACUAUAUCAAUAUAGAGGAGGAUCAGAGUUAUUGAUUGAAGCCGGGGAUCAAAGGCGGGUUAUUUAUUUACCAUCUCAGAUUCAAGGGAAAGUCGGGGGAGCCAAAUUUAUAGACAGAAAGCUCAUAAUCACUAUGCGGUAGGUAGCAGAUGUUCUUGCUUUUUUAGUCUUAAUGAAAACUUUGUUUUCACAUAUUAUUAUUGACUAUAUACCCCAGGUAGUAAGAUUCCCAGAAA